UGUGUAGACACUCCCUGAUGAACGUGGCGAACAAACCUUAUAUAAAAUAGCAGUGGACGACCUGAAGGCAGUCAGGAAACAAUCUCGAAGCGAGCUAUUUGAUUGCAACAGUGGACGACCUGAAGGUAGUCAGGAAGUAAUCUCGAAGCGAGCAGAAAACACGUGUGUGAGUAGAGCACAUAUAACUGCUUGCAUAACUUAUUAACACUUCGAGGUUAUAAACCAAAAGUUAUUGUUCAAUGAAUAUAAAAAGUUUUUAAAUAUGCCAAAACCAAAAUUAUUUGAUGAAGAUGAUUCUGAAAAUGUAGAGUUUAAAGAAAAUAACGAUUAUGCCAAGAAUUACGAGCUAUGGAGACGUAAGGAGGAAGAGCAUAAAUAUGAAGCAAAGCAUGGCAAAAAGAUAGAUCUUAAAUUUGAUUCAGAUGAAGAAACUGAAGAUUCAUCCUCAGAGGAUGAUGAAGGAGAAGGGAAAAUUCCAGAAGAUUUUGACAAAUGUUUUUACAAGACACUUGCUUGUCUGAAAACAAAAGACCCAAAAAUUUACGAUGGAGAUAUUAAAUUUUUUAAGGAAAUUGAUACAGAAUAUGAAGAAGGAAAAGAAAAAGAAAAUAAAAAAGAGCUAAAAAAACAAAAAGAAAAACCAUUAUUUUUAAGAGAUUAUGAAAGUAAAAUAGUACUUGAGAGAGGUGGAAAGUUUAGUGAUAGUGAAAAUGAUGAAGAGGAAGAGAAUGCUAGGCACGGAGAUCUAACAUAUAUCCAAGAACAACAAGAAAUCAGAAACAGCCUUAAAAAAGCGUUGCAAGAUGAAGAUGACAAUGAAGAGGAAAACUUGUUCAAACCAAAAAUUAAAACAAAGGAAGAAAUCCAAAAAGAGGAAGAUGACUAUGCAGAAUUUUUAAAAGGUCAAAAACAAGAUAUUGAAGGAGAAAAUGUUACAGAGUUAAAGCCUCUUCGUGAUUACUGGACAGAUCCUAACUUAGAUAAGAAUGAAAAAUUUUUGAGAGAUUAUAUUUUAAACAAUGGUAUAUUGGAUAAAGAGUCAGACACAGAUUUUGAUUAUGAACAUAAAGUUCAUGAUUCAGAUGAAAAUUUAUCAGAAGAUGAACAUAAUAUUGAUAAGCAAGAACAAUUUGAGCAUAAGUAUAAUUUUAGAUUUGAAGAACCAGAUCAAGAAUUCAUUAAAAGAUAUCCGCGUACCUUAGAAAACACGUUGAGAAAGAAAGAUACACGAAGAGCACAGAAGAGAGCAGAAGUAAAACUUCGUAAGGAACAAGAAAAACUUCAAAAACGAGAGGAAUUGAAACAAUUGAAAGCUAUGAAAAGGAAAGAGAUUGAAGAAAAGUUAGAAAAACUAAAAGAAAUAACUGGAAAUGACGAUUUACCAUUUGAUAUCUUGGAUUUGGAUGAUGAUUAUGACCCUGAAAAAUACGAUAAACAAAUGAGUCAAGUUUUCAAUAAAGAGUAUUAUGCUGGAGAAGAAGGAGAUAUAAAACCAGAAUUUCCUGAAAUUGAUGAUGAACUAUUUGUAGAAUCAACAUGGGACAAUUAUGAUCCAGCUAUUGAUAAAAUUGUUGAUGAUGACACUAUGUAUAAUGAUGGUCCUCAUUGCGAAGAUCCUGAUUUCAAUAUGGAUGCUGAUUUCAAUGAACAAACAAAAUUGGAAGAUGAGCUUAUUGAGUCUACAAAAAAACGGAAACGAAGAAAACGUAGCAAAUUUGCGGAAAUGAUUGUAAAGGAAAAGCCUAAGUUUGAUCCAGCAUUAUAUUCUUCAUACAAAGAAUACUACGAUCAAUAUUAUGCUCUCGAUUAUGAAGAUAUGAUUGGUGAUUUACCUUGUAGAUUUAAAUAUAGGGAAGUCGUCCCUAAUGACUAUGGACUGUCUAUUGAAGAAAUUUUAAUGGCCGAUGAUAAAGAAUUGAACAAAUGGUGUUCACUAAAAAAAGCUCUUGAAUAUAAGCCAGAAUAUAAAGAAUUAAUUGAUGUUAGAAAAUUCAAACAAAAAGCUAGUAAUGAAGCUUUGAAAAAGAAGAUUCUUAAAAGCCUAUACAGCAAUCCAAAAGAAGAAACAAAUCCAGCUCCAUUAGAAUUACUUCCUGAUAGUUCAAAAGCUUCAAAGAAGAGAAAGAAAAAUAAAAAAGUGUCUGAUCAAUCUAUCCCUAUGACAGUUGAUGUACAAAAUCCAGAAAUUUCAAAGAAACAGAAGAAUAAAAAUAAAAAGCUGAAGUCUAAUAAAAAUGAAGUUCUUACUGAGCAAAAUUCGAUAUCAUCGAUUAAGGAAAUAAUAGAUAUAGUACCGGUAUCGACUUUUAAUACUAAAGAAAAAAGUCGAAUAUCUAAUAAUAAUGAAAAACAGACAAAAGUUAGUAGUCAAGAAACUUCAACCGAUACAAUUACAGAAGAAAAGGGAGAUUCUGUGGAGUCAUCAAAAUCUAAUGAAAAUGAUUCAGAAGUUCAGUUCAAUAAUGCGCAAAAAACAGAAUCUGCUUUUCAGAAAAACAAGAAGAAAAAGAAACAGACAAAUCCUAUGGAUAAAUUACAUAAAAUUAAAAGUGGCGGAAUCUCUAAACCUAACAAACAAGCGGUUAAAAAUAAGAGUGGUAGUGAGAUUUUGAGUAAAAAGGAACAGAGGAAACAAUUAUUUAAAAAUAAAAAUGCAAAAUUAAAAAAUAAGUCUAAAGAUACUGAUCAGAUUAACUUCUUGAGUGAUGAAAGACUUAAAGCUUAUGGAUUCAAUCCUAAAAAGUUCAAAAAUAAGUUAAAGUAUGGAAAGAAAAAGUAAAUCCAUUUGAUUAUUGAUCCCCUGUACAGAUGUAAGUAAUUUAUUGUAAAUGAUACAAUGUACGUUGACAAAUAAUAUUUUUCUUUAAAGUAUUUAAAUAGUUGAAAAAAUCAUUUUCCAAUAUUUUAAAUUUUUGUAUUGAGCAGCUCUAGUUAGUGUAGCAUGUUUAGUUAUUUUCAUGAUUGAUAGUAUGUUUUACUGAUGAAAAUUCUACGUGUAGGGUGUCGUUUAUUAAGAAUUUUAAUGUAUAAAUACAUUUAUACAUAGGAAUAAAAGUACUUUAUUAAU